GACUCGAAGGUGGCAGUGGCGGAGGGGCAGGCCGUUAGAGCCUCUCGAAGGCAGGUGACUAUGAAAGGUUUAUAUUUUCAACAGAGUUCUACAAAUGAAGAAAUAACAUUUAUAUUUCAAGAAAGGGAAAACCUUCCUGUUACGGAGGAAAACUAUGUGAAACUUCAGGUUAAAGCUUGUGCUCUGAGCCACAUAAACACAGAGCUUCUGGCAGAAAUGAAGAUGGAGAAGGAUUUCUUUCCUGUCGGGAGAGAGAUUGCUGGGACUGUGUUAGAGGUUGGAAGCAAAGUAUCAUUCUUCCAACCAGAUGAUGAAGUAGUUGGGAUUUUGCCCCUGGACUCUGAAGACCCUGGACUCUGUGAAGCAGUUCGCGUGCACGAGCAUUACUUAGUUCACAAGCCAGAGAAAGUUACGUGGACAGAAGCUGCUGGAACCAUUCGGGAUGGAGUACGAGCCUAUACAGCUCUGCAUUUUCUUUCUCAUCUCUCUCCAGGAAAGUCGGUGCUGAUAAUGGACGGAGCAAGUGCACAGGGGACUAUAGCUAUUCAGUUAGCACAGCACCGAGGAGCCAAAGUGAUAUCGACAGCAUGCAGCCUGGAAGACAAGCAGUACCUUGAAAGACUGAGGCCUUCUCUAGCCCGAGUGAUCGAUGUGUCUACUGGGAAAGCCCAUGUUGCUGAAAGCUGUUUAGAAGAAACAGGUGGCCUGGGAGUAGAUAUUGUCCUAGAUGCUGGAGUGAGAUUAUACAGUAAAGAUGAUGAACCAGCUGGAAAGUUACCACUAUUACCACAUAAACAUGAUAUCCUCACGCUUCUUGGUGUCGGAGGCCAUUGGGUAACAACAGAAGAAAACCUGCAGCUGGACCCUCCAGACAGCCGUUGCCUCUUCCUCAAAGGAGCGACAGUGGCUUUCCUCAACGACGAAAUCUGGAAUUUGUCGAAUGUACAACAAGGAAAAUAUCUUUGUAUCUUAAAAGAUGUAAUGGAGAAGUUAUCAAAUGGUGUUUUUAGGCCCCGUGUGGAUGAACCCAUUCCAUUAUAUGAGGCUAAAGGUUCCAUGGAAGUUGUUCAGAAAAAUCAAGGAAGAAAAAAGCAAGUCGUUCAGUUUUAAUUUUGUUCUUUCCCAGAUCUCGGUUGAAUGAACCCAUUCCAGUAUUUGAAGCCAGUUUCCUUGCAAAUUGUUCAGAAAGGUCAAGGAAGAUAAAAGCAAGUUGUUCCAUUUUCAGGCAUGUUUUCGUGCUGAGUCAAGAUGGUCAUUUAAUCUCAAAUAUCUGAAAAGUAUUUGAAACAUUAAUGUACAAACAGCCAAGACUAGUCUAUAA